UGACUACUGGCGGAGAACGAGUCACGUGCUUUAUGCAAAUGAGCCAGCUGUCCGAGAGGAAGGAUCUGCUCAGCGGCUCUGCGGGCUGAAGAUGGCGGACGGAGAGAGCAGUCUCGGAGCGGCCUUUUCAGGCGCCUCCGAAAUGGAAGAACCUGCCGCGAAAAGGUCGAAAAUCAGCCCGUUGACUAACCACGGAGUUAAAGUCGCCAACCUAAAGCAAACAUCAUGCGUCGCUGGGGCCGCCGAGAGUCUGGAGGCGGCGGUGAAUUGUGCGCAGCCAGCGGAGAAGGAAGCAAAGCCGGUGAUGGCGGUAGAGCAGGCCCCAGCAGCGUUAGGCGGAGACAACAAUGGACUGGGACUGCUGGUCUCUGAGCCGCACAAACCAGUUGUGAAACUAGACGACAGCGCUGUAUUCGGGACAACCGAGGAGGCUGCUGAUUUUUUUGGACAUGACGAUCUGCCCUCCAACGGUCUGGCUGUCACACCGGACCACAUCAACGAGGAAGAUGACAGAUCCUCACAUGCAAGCUCCAGCGACUGGACUCCUCAACCACAAAUAGGGUCCUACAGCUUCAUCCAACAGCACAUCAGAGAGACAGAUCCGAGGACCAUUCUGAGGGAUUUGCUGCCUGAGACUGUGCUCCCUCCGGACUUGGAUGACAUGACAUUGUGGCAGAUCAUCAUCAACAUCUCAGAACCUCCGAAAAGAAAGAAGAGGAAGGAUAUAAACACCUUAGAAGACGUGGUCAGACUACUCCAUGAAAGCAAAAGGAUCCUGGUGCUGACUGGCGCAGGGGUGUCAGUUUCAUGCGGAAUACCAGACUUUCGCUCCAGAGAUGGAAUUUAUGCUCGGCUUGCAGUAGAUUUUCCGGAUCUUCCAGACCCUCAAGCCAUGUUUGACAUUGAAUACUUCAGACGUGACCCUAGACCCUUUUUCAAGUUUGCUAAGGAGAUCUACCCUGGUCAGUUCCAGCCCUCACCCUGUCACAAGUUUAUAUCUAUGCUGGAUAAGCAGGGGAAACUGCUGCGCAAUUACACACAAAACAUUGAUACAUUAGAACAAGUGGCUGGAGUUCAGCGGAUUAUCCAGUGUCAUGGUUCGUUUGCAACUGCAUCCUGUCUCGUUUGUAAACACAAAGUGGAUUGUGAAGCUAUACGGGAAGACAUCUUCAACCAGGUUGUCCCGCAUUGUCCACGGUGUCCAGAUAUUCCCUUGGCAAUCAUGAAACCUGACAUUGUCUUCUUUGGAGAGAAUCUUCCAGAAAUGUUCCACAGAGCCAUGAAGCAGGAUAAAGAUGAGGUGGACCUCUUGAUUGUCAUUGGCUCUUCACUUAAAGUCCGACCAGUUGCCCUCAUCCCAAACUCCAUUCCUCAUGAAGUGCCUCAGGUCCUGAUCAAUAGGGAGCAGCUGCCUCACCUUAACUUUGACGUAGAGCUACUCGGGGACUGUGAUGUCAUAGUCAAUGAGCUCUGUCAUCGGCUGGGUGGAGACUUUGAGCAGCUCUGCUACAAUACUGUAAGACUCACUGAGAUCACAGAGAAACCCCCUCGGUUACCAGAACAGCUACCAAGCGACGCCUUGCCUGCUUCCAGCGAUGCAGCUCAGGAGGAGCUGACGCAGCACAGUACAGACUCAGUAUCUAAGCCUUCAGAAGAGAGGGAAAGUCCGAAUGUCACAGAGACCGCUGGUAAUAAUGUUACACCUCCAGAGCCUUGUCCAAAUGCUCAGUGUCCCAGUGAAGAAACGGCUGAGCCUUCAGAGUUAUCUGCAGAAGACACACCAAAAGAGGAGGCCGCUGAAGUAAAGAGCCAAACCUCCAACCUUGAAUUACGUAGACGAUGCUGGAUGAGUCGAAUCAACAGGAGUCCAAUCAGCAAACGCCUUGAGACAGGCCAGUACCUGUUUCAAGCACCAAAUCACUAUGUCUUCCAUGGGGCCGAGGUUUACUCCGACUCUGAAGAUGAGACGUCGAGCUCCUGCGGGAGCGACAGCGAUGAGUCUGAAUGCAGCGUGGAGGGGGGAGAAGAAGACAGCGAGCCGGAGGAAGCCGCCACACUUGCAGUGGAAGGAGAGACAUGCCUCAGAGACACAAUACAACACACUUUAGCCAACGAGGCCACAUCAAGUGUGCAGACAGACAAUACUUCUGAAAAGACUCAGAGCACCACACACCUUUAAAUGUAAAAGUACCCAGUCGACAAAGCACUAAUUGUCUUUUUUAUAUAUAUAUAUAUAUGUUUCGUAUAUUUUUGACUCAUCAACCUUACUAUUAUUUUUCAUAAAGUUGAAAUUGCUUGACGACUUUGUGUGAAUAUGCAGCAAGUUUUUUUGAUUUUUCUUUUUUUUCUGUGCCCAUUUUGGUCACAUGCAUUGUGUCUGAAACGUCAUACUGUAUACUACUUACUAAAUAGAAAGCAGUAGUAGCAGUUAGUUUUUUUUUUGUAUUUCUUCCCAUGUGCUCAUCUCAUUUUUCAUUCACGUUUCUAGAAAU